AUGUUGUUGAAUCUAUUUACCCUAGCCUGGCUGGCUAGCCGUGUCGCCGCUGUUACACUAAUCACCGACGAUGAGAUGAACUCUCUUCUCGACGCUGGUGCGGUGGAUCUUGCUGAUCGCUAUGCUCCGAUGUGGUUUUUCGGUCAAGCCAUGGAUCAACCUCCUUGCUAUCCGACCUGGGCGUUCGGAGGAUCUCCUUCAACCCCGGACAUCUAUGACAAUGCUCAUAUGACACCUCCUGCGGCUCAAUGCGAGUACCCCGAUGUCGGAUGCAACUGCCGGAAUCCUGGUGUGGCCAUUGGAAACCCCGGUCCGGCCUUUCCUGUCUACUAUACGUUCCAGCGGUGCAAUGAUACCGAGGUGCGCGUCGUGUAUAAUCUAUUCUACGAGAAAGACGGUGCAACAGUCGCCGGGCUGGUUCAGACGGGCCAUAAUUAUGACUGGGAGCGCGUUAUCGUCAUCCAUUCGCGCGACGAUAGCAACAUGUGGGCGCCCUCUCGGGCCCUGUUGUCCGCUCACAGUGGCUAUAAUGAUUUGGCCUGGGGUGAUAUUCAAAACACUUUGACUACUGAUGAGGUCAACGCUGGGGAUGCAAAGACCCCCAAUGGAGUCCAGAAUGAAGACCACCCUAAAGUAUACGUGGCGUGGAGCAAGCACCCUAACUUUGACACGAGAAAUACUGGGUGGAAUGAUCCGGCCAGUCAAAGUCUCGACGAUGCUUUCAGGAGCGAUGAUUGGUGGCAUUUUGUUGAAACCCAGAACUAUAUUCGAUCCGAUAACAGCACGGAUGCUGGCCGCGCUCUUGGAGCGGCUGAUUGGGGAAGUGCCACAAGUAACCCUCCUCUUGUUCAGUCGACAGUCUGCAAUGCGCCGUAA